AAGUAAACAAAAUGUUUAUGUUUUUCGGAAUAGGAGGCGACUCCGGAGAUGGCCACGAAACCAAGGGAACCCCGGAUCCUUCGAUCAAACUUUUUCACCCAAAACAGCAAACCCCCUUGAUUCGGAGAGGAGUUGCCUGCUGAAAUCACGCACAAAGCGUUUCCGAACCAGAUCCCAAUCUGCCAUAUAUUUUGUGAACAACUAUGGAUGACAACGAGGAUGAGCUGGAGGAGCACCAGGAGCAGGAGCUGUUCAGCGACGACAGCAUCGACAGCGUCGAGGAGGAGGAGGAGGUGGCGCCCGAUGUGCGCCCAGUGGACAGCUGGGAGUCCUUCAACGACCGCAUCGAUGGGCUGAUCUUCAACGAGCACUGCGACAAGUCGGUGAAGAAGCUGGACGAACGCCGCCUGGCGAUCCUCAACCGGGUGCGUCAGCAGUUCCGCGAUGCACCCAAGGGAGUCGCCGAGCGCUGCCAGGCCCAGAAGUCGCCCAUUGACCGGCAGCUGGAGUUGUCAAGCGAGCGACUCAACGAGCUGGUCCGCUUUGGCAACGAGCUGGUAACCAAUGUCCGGGUGGCCAAUGAGCGCAGGGAGCUGAAUCGCCGCCUGUUCGAGGCCACGCAAAAGAACCAGGUGCAGGUGAAGCUGCAACGCGAAACCGUGGAGACAAUGGCCCGUUUUGAGAACAUCAAGGCGCGCUGGACGGAGCUGGAGGAGACCAACGAGCCGAUGCUCCUCUGGGACCAAAUCGAGGAGCAAAAGAAGCGCAUUGCCGAGAUCAUGGCCCGCAAGGACGAGAUGAUAGCCGCCUGCCAGCAGGAGGUGGACCGCAUGAAUGCCAAAUACGAGUUCGACCGCGAGCGGCAGGCCCAGGAUCUGUGCUGCCUGGUGGAGCGCGUCGAUCACCAAGUGGAGACUCUGAAGGAGGCCUACAAGGAGCACCUCCAAAUGCUGCGCAACACCAUCGAGGAGGAGCGCCAGAUCUUCGCCGUCAGUGCGGUGGAGAAGUGGCGCACCUUCUUCGAUGCCAUGAACGCCAACUUUGACGAGAAGGCCAAUUUGGUGAGAACGCGGGAGCAGUUCUAUGCCCGCCAGACGCAGCAGAUCAACGAGUCCCAGGAGGAGCUGACCAAGAGCACCCGGAUUCGGCUGGAGAAGGAGUGCGAGCGGCUGGAACUGGAGCUGCGCCGUACGCGGGACAAUGUGCUGAUGAAUUCCGAGAAGCUGGACUACAACUACCAGGUUCUCCAGAAGCGCAACGAGGAGAACGUGAUCAUAAACAACCAGCAGAAGCGACGAGUGGCCCGCCUGCACGAGGCCAUCGGACGCACACGGCGUGGCCUGAAGAACCUCUACAACACGGGCAAGCGGAACAUAGCACGUCUCUCCUCGGACAUUUACAAGCUGCACGCCAACAUCAACGACAUGGAGUCGAAGGCCCACCAGGCGAGGCUGAACAAUCGCGAGAAGUUCGAUCGCAUCUGGGAGAUCAACUACAAGGAGCUGAACCUCCUGGUGGACCGGGUUUACCACAUCGAUCGCAUCAUACACGAGCAGCAGCUGGCCAUGCCGUGGUCCAGCCCCGUGCCACCCAUUCCGAACAUCAACAAGGCCAAGAAGAAGCGGAACAACAUUCUGGAGAAGUUCGACAUGCGCAUAGGACGGGUGCCCAAGAACCGGGUGCUGCCCAAGUCGGCCAUAAAGCACCGGCCGGACAUUAAGGAGCUACCGCCAGAGUCGCUGCGCCUGAUGCGCAAUCUCAUCCGCAAGCUCUCCGAUCGCGGCGGCUUUCUCAUCGAGGAGCGACUCUUGAAGAUUCUCGAACCCUACUCCGAGGAGGACAAGUGCCUGGUGCGCAUCGACAAUAUUUUUGCGGCGCUGCGCAUCCGCCACCUGCGGGAUGUCAAGGAGCUGACCAAGGUCUUUAUGCCGUACACCUACUGCCCGAACUGCCAGCCGCAGGGACUGAGCCCGCGCAAGUGCGCCGAGGUCUUUAUGAAGGACCAGAAGCCCAAUCGUCUGCAGGCCACGAUGGGGCAGCAGGAGCAACAGGAGCACCGGCCCACCGGCGAGACCUUCCUGACCAAGGGCGAGGAGGCGGCAAAGAAGUGCCACAAUCACUACCUGGUCAUGGAGCCAGCGCUCUGCCUGCACGCCAUGAACCUCUUCACCUCCAAGAUGCACAAGCAGAUGUACGAGCACGAGCCGGGCAGCAUUCUCAAUGCGGUCAAUCUCAUCCAGAUAACGGAUGCCGAGAUCCGUGGCUUCUGGCGCCAGUUCUCGGCCUGCUUCCCGCCCUCCAAGUGCAAGCUGUGGAAGACGCUGGAGCACGGCCUGAAUCACUACGUGGAGGUGCUGAAGAUGCGCGUGCAGUACGACGCGGAGGUGGUCUUUCUGCGUCGCCAGAACGAGGAGCUGCGCCACCUCCUACAGAAGUUCACCGUCUAGCUGCUGCCCCACAAAAAUCCCCAUCAAUUAUUGUUCAAUUCCGUCCAAACAUGAUAAAUUAUAGUUGUGCCUAGUCUUGCUCUUUGA